AUGGCUGAGGCAUAUUCGGAAAAGAAGGUGGUGCCGGUGGUGGGCGAUGACGAGAAGCUCGGACUGGAUGGAGUCAUCAGCGGGGAGAUGCAGGCGGCGGGCCUGAACAGACACGACAGCGGCGAGGACAGCGACAACAUUGUGAUUCGAACGGGUGCCGACGCAGCAGUGCAUCUGCUGCCGAUGCGUGACGACUUUGACAGCGCGCUGACGGUGCGCAGUAUGGUGCUGGCGUCGGGCCUGGCAGCCUUCCAGGCGGUCAUGAGCCAGAUCUACACGUUCAAGCCGACGGCGGUGACGAUCUCGGGCACGUUCAUCGUGCUGAUCGGUUACUUUGUCGGCAACGCCUGGGCCAAGUUUAUCCCGCGUGGUGACCACCAGCUGGCGCUGUGGCGGGAGAAGAAGGGCUUGCCACCGACGGCGGCCGUGGUCCGGACGGGGGAUUUCCACGAACAUGCCGCGGAUGCCGAUGCCGAUGCAGUCGGCCAGAUUGCUACGACUGCGGCCGCCGAGGAGAAGCCGCCGCUCUGGAUCCGGGCGCUCGUACUACUCAACCCAGGACCGUGGUCGCUCAAGGAACACGCGGUGUGCUCGAUCACGGCGACGUCGGCAUCCAACGCAUCGGCCAGCGUGAUGGUGUUCUCGGCCCAGAAGCUUUUCUACAGCAUGGACGUCAGCGCGGUGACGGUGAUCCUCAGCACGAUCUCGAUCGGCCUCUUCGGCUACGGGCUCUGCGGCGUGCUCCGACCGAUCACGGUGUGGCACGUCGAGUCGGUCUACUGGAGCACGCUGCCGACGGUCAAGACGCUGCAGGGACUGCACUGGCAGGACGUCAAGAACUCGCGGCCGCUGCGGGUGUUCUGGUACGGCUUCCUCGGCAUGACGGCGUACGAGUUCUUCCCGGCCUACAUCUGGCCGUGGCUCAACUCCGUCUCGAUCCCGUGUCUGGCCGCGAUGCACACGCACGGCAGCCGGGCCGACAUCGUGACGAACCUCUUUGGUGGCUCCAUCAACAACGAGGGACUGGGACUGCUCAACUUUUCGUUUGACUGGCAAUAUAUCACCUCGUUCAACACGUCGCUCCCCCUGUCGCUGCAGCUGCACUCGCUGGCCGGCUACAUUGUGUGCUAUGCCGUGAUGCUGGCGAUCUACUAUUCGAACGCGUGGAACUCGCGGAUCCAGCCGUUCAUGUCAACGCGGUUGCGCACCGUUCUCGGUGGCAGCUACCCCGUGUCCAAGGUGUUUGUCAACGGGGUGCUGGACGAGACGGCGCUGGCCAAGUACGGGGUGCCGCGGCUAGCGGGCUCGUUUGCCUACGCUAUGUUCAUGGCCAACGCGGCCAUCGGCGCGCUGGUGGCACACUGCUUCCUCUUCUGGGGCGGCGACGUGAAGCGGGCGUUUGCGAGCGCGCGGGCUGGCCGCUACGACGACCCGCAUCACACGCACAUGACCAAGCACUACCGCGAGACGCCGUGGUACUGGUACAUUGCCGUGCUGGUGAUCAGCUUCGUGCUGGGCAUCGUCGUGGUCGUGCACGAGGACAUCUCGCUGCCGGUGUGGGCCUACAUCGUGUCGCUGCUGCUCGGCUGCUUCAUCGCGCCGCUCAGCACGCUGCUCUAUGCGCGCUACGGCAACGGCAUCGCGACCAAUAACCUGUCCAAGAUGAUUGCCGGUCUGGCCAUCCCCGGCCGUCCGGUCGGCAACAUGUACUUUGCCGCCUGGUCGCACAACGUGAUCGUCAACACGGUCAACCUGUCCAACGACCUGAAGCUGGGCGAGUACCUCAAGAUCCCGCCACGCACCAUGUUCCUGACCCAGAUCUACGGCACCGUCCUCGGUGGUUUCAUCAAUUACGCCGUCAUGAUCUCCAUCGUCAACGGUCACCGCGAUCUGCUCGUCAACAGCAACGGUAGCUCGUCCUGGAGCGGCGCCACCAUCCAGUCCUACAAUACCAACGCCGCCUCCUGGGCCAUGGCCAAGUACCUCUACAAGACUGGUGCGCCGUAUGCCAUGGUGCCCAUCGGCCUGGCCAUUGGCGCCGGCGUCGUCGUCCUGCAUCGGGUCGUCGUCCGGUUCGUUCCCAAGAUCCGCGGCCUGGACCUCAGGGACAUCAACAUGCCCCAGUUCAUCCAGUUCGCCGGCUUUAUUCCAUACAACGCGUCGCAGACCUGCGUCAUCUGGAGCCAGCUGAUUGCCGGCUUCUUCGUGCAACUCUACCUGCGCCGCUACAAACCGGCCAUCUUCAAGAAUUACGUGUACCUGGUCACCGGUGCCUUUGACGGUGCCGCGCUGUUUGUGCUCUUCAUCCUAUCGUUUGCCGUCUUCGGCGCCGGUGGUCCGUCCAAGCCGUUCCCAACCUGGUGGGGCAACAACGCGAACGGCUAUUACGACCUCUGCCCGUCGAGCUCGUAA